GAGGUAUUGCUAGAGCGGACUAGCGUGAGAGAGCAGGCAACGCCAUUUUCUCGAUUCGCGGGUGAAGUCGGUGCGCAAUUGUUUCGCGGCGUAUUUUCGCGUUUCGUGCGUUACGACAACGAUUUUAAGGGCUGUCGGUCGGCCCUGGUGCAUUGACCAGUGUUAUGCAGAGACACGCGGCCAGUUGUACGAUGGAUAUAGCGAGUUUCGUGAGAUCGAAGCGCUCCCGGGAGACGUGACGUCUUGUCAGUCGGUCUUUUCCCGUUUCCCCUUCUCGGUGAGCUCCCGCAGGGAUGGGUCGUGCACAGUUAUCGUUCAUGAUAACGUAACAGACACUGAAACGGCUGUAAUCGUGUGCGAUUUUGAAAUUCCUCGCCGAUCGCGAUCUCGCGUGCAAACGAAACUGUUCGUGGAAAAAACCGGGAGCCGUAGAAUGAUUUGUUCGGGCCAAUGGGCGGAGGUUUAGGGCGGCACAUGGCUGUUGGGGCGCCGGCUGUGCAGGGGGUGGUUUUCCCGACGCUAGCUCGAACCGACGAAAAUCAUUCUCCGUGACCAGUCCACGUAUCUUUUAUACUCUGUGCGUACGUGUAUACCUCUCUAUCGGGAUCGUUUGUGGAUCGUGGCCGGUCACGGUUCGAAUAACAAGUUCACAGUGACAGUGGAAAGAGAAGUACUCCGUUAUAUGUCUCUGAUUUUCUUGCCGAAGACGAGGAGCUGCCGAAGGUUUUCGCCUAUCGCGGAUUACGCGUGUGUUAGCAAUUUAUAUCUCGUGCACGUUUAGGACAACGGAGACGAUAAUUCUCUGGGUAAAUAACCCAGGAGCCGAUCUUUGUGCCACAGAAGCGGAGACAACGUAACGGGUCUCCGUAGAGGGUGAGUAGCAGUGAUCCUCGAAGGCGAUAUAAAAAGAUGCCGCUACCGAAGCGACUGGUGGAACCGGUGCUGGUCGCACGCGGCACCAUCCCCGAGGAUUUUCCUUUGCCCUCUGAAUUAGAAGCUGUUACCAAUGGCACGUUGGCUAAUACCAUCAGGCAACUUUCUAGCCUGUCCAGGCACGCGGAGGACCUGUUCGGCGAAUUAGCGAGAGAGGCACAUGGACUGAGCGAUAGGGCUAAUUCCUUGCAGGCUAGGAUAGAUCGGCUAGCUGUUAAGGUUACGCAGUUGGACAGCAGCGUUGAAGGAGUGUCACUACAGGAUAUACAUAUGAGGAAGGCGUUCAAGAGUUCGGUGGUAUUCGACCAGCAAGUUGUCUCCAGGGAUACCAUGCCGACGGCCAUGUUGGAAACCUACCAUCAAUGCGAUACACCACCUCCUCUUGACAAACUUAACGUUUACAGGGAAGACGGUAAGGACGGAUUAAAAUUCUACACAGAUCCGAAUUACUUCUUCGACUUGUGGAGUCAAGAAAUGCUAAAAGAUACCGAGAAGAAGUUACACGACCGAGGGAAGAAGACCGAGUCUGAAUAUGCCGAACCGUUCAGAGAGCCGCAUAGGCCACGGAACGAGGGUGGCGGCGGAGGCGGUGGCCGACACAAGAAGCGUAUAAGACAACCACACAACACCAGAGAAAGGCAGAGACAAUUGGCCGUUGGACAUGGGGAAUACAUUAUGCCAACGCAAGGUGUCCAGUAUAGGGCACCCCAUAACAUACCCGACGAAUCGCUGCUGGGUAUGGUGAUGACCGAACCUCGACCUCCGAGGCCGAACAGCAUCGAACUUAGACGAAGCUAUCCACCGGAGGAACAACAUCUUUAUAGUCCUCCAUCUUCUGAUCACUAUAGGGCAGCAAAUUACGCGGGCCAGGGUUACGAGGACAGCCUGUACGGGUCGCAUUAUGGCACGGGUCAAGGACAGGCGGGAAGCGAGACGUACCAGAGUCCUGGUGGCCAGAGUACCCCGAGUAGGGGUGGCAGAUCGCGACCCUCGCAACCACCGCCAGCUCCUCCAAGCAACGCUUCCAGCAAUUCAACUCCUACGGUAGCAUCCGCCAACAACACCCCAACGCGAGGAAGAUCGAUGAGCACCGGUAGAGACACCCUUCCACCGCCACCUCCGCCUCCUGGUGAAACUAUGUCUCCUCCUCCUAUGAACGGUUCCAUACCGUCGCACUUGUUGAACAGAAGCGGAAGUCGUCCGAAUAGUCCAUUACCGAGUCACCACUCGACACCAACCCCGCCAAAUCAUUCGACACAGAUCGGAAACGACGAAACUGACCCAGCCGCUCCUCAAGAUCUGCCUCCUCCACCUCCUACUCCGGAUCCCACACCACCUAGGCCCAUCUCACCACCCUGUAAUAUCCCACCUCCUCCCCCGCCACCUCCUCCACCACCCGUCGCUAAUGGACCAUCGCCUCUUGUGCCGUUAACCAACGGUGAUAUUGCCAAAAUGAUAGCGACCAAUCCGCCCAAGCUGAAACCCUUGAAACCGUUGAAGAAUAUCGUGGACGGGCAAUUGAGGAAGCCCGUUAAUCCGAACAUCCCCCUCGUCGAUCCGCGAAACGAUCUACUUAAAGCGAUCAGAGACGGGAUUAAAUUGCGUAAAGUAGAGAAGAUCGAACAGAAGGAAGUGGAACGUGUGAAUGCAUUAAACGACGUCGCUUCUAUACUUGCACGACGUGUGGCUGUCGAGUUUAGUGACAGCGAUUCAGCAUCGGAAAGCGAGUGCGACAGCGAAGGAUGGGGCGAGCAGGAAACGAAUCUCGCGUGACCCAAUUCGCUUCCAUCCACCGCCACUGCCUCCUAGAGAAAUGGCUGACGAUUCUCUUGUUUUGUUUGUUUUCAACGAAACACCACCUCUGUUACUCGUCGCACAAUGUUACACGUUUUGCACGAAACUGUUCCAUAGAAAUGUGUUUUUAAUUUUUUGGCAUGUGCAUUGGCAUUACUAGGUAAUAUGAGAAUUUUUUGUGUUCUCAAAUUUUUAAAGUACAGUAUUGUUACAUUGCUCAGAUUUUUGGAGUAUGAAAUCUCACAACAAUUGCUACAUUUCCAGUUGUCAACCCAAAGUUUUAUAUCCUGAGUUCUCGUGUACUGAAUUCCUGCAUCCCCAGUUCCUACAUCCCUAAUUCUUGCACCCACCAAACUCUUAUAUCCCCAACUCUUACAUCCCCAAAUCCCACAUCCCCAAUUUCUAUGUCCUCAAUUCCUACAUCCCCAAUUUCUACAUCUCCACUUCUUGCA